UCGGAGCUAAAAAGGCAGGGAAGUUGAAGACUUGAAGUAUCUUCUUCCUCGCGUCUCGCUCGAUAAAUUGGAGAAAAUCACAGCCAACGGCCGAGGAAUUCCUCUCCGACUCUCUUCCUCCUUCCCUCUGGAAUCGCCAUACCAACGCCCUCCGUCGUUCCGUCCUCUCUUACCCGGCUUCCUAGAUUCCGAUUCCUGAAUUCGCCCAAUUUCAGUGGUGUCAGCUCGCCGCCCACCGAACCCUUUAAUGGUAUCGCCGCCUCUCGCCUAGACGUUGGUAGGCUUCUCUCGUGACUCCGGGGACACUUGGCCUAUGAGUACUGCCGAAAAGCUGAAUUUUUGGCAUCUUCCGGAAAAAGGAAAAUUUUGAAAUCUAUAUUUUUUAACUCCAGCUGCGCGAUCGAACUCGAGGAGCAUUUUUCGCGUCGGGUCUCACUGGUUUAUGCUGCCUUGAUGUUUGUGAACGCGGUGCUCUGUGGAUUUCACUUCUAGGAUUGCCGGUUUACGGCAGUACUUUGUUUAAGUGUUCCAAAAAAGCUUCCUUGGUUUACGGAUUCGAGCUCAAAUAAGGAAGAUGCUUUUUUUUUUCUUUCUAAUUGUUCAUUUGAUGGUAAAGGAUAUCGCGUUUUAGCCAAACUGGGAGGUUGAAGUCCUCGGUAUUUGUUUGGACUUCCCAUAAAUAUCAGGAAAUUGCACAUUUUUGAAGAUAUCAGUAGUAUUUGAUGGCAUCGGGUUCUGGAAAUGAAGAGACGAACAGGGGGAGCAUGUGGGAAUUGGAUCGGAAUCUUGAUCAACCCAUGGAUGAAGAAGCUGGCAAACUUAGAAACAUGUACAAAGAAAAGAAAUUUUCAGCCAUGUUGGUCACCAGACUUGCCUUUCAGAGUCUUGGGGUUGUGUUUGGAGAUUUAGGAACCUCCCCACUCUACGUGUACUAUAAUACAUUCCCUCGUGGUAUUGAUGAUCCAGAAGAUGUUAUUGGAGCUCUUUCUUUGAUCAUCUACUCGCUCACGCUAAUACCCCUUCUUAAAUAUGUUUUUAUCGUGCUUAGAGCAAAUGAUAACGGUCAAGGUGGUACCUUUGCACUCUAUUCACUACUUUGCCGACAUGCAAAAGUGAAUACUAUUCCUAACCAGCAUAGAACUGAUGAACAACUCACAACUUACAGUCGCCAUACAUUUGACGAGAAGUCACUAGCUGCAAAAGUCAAGAGGUGGUUAGAAUCACAUCCAUUUAAAAAAAAUGCUCUGCUUAUUCUUGUUCUCGUUGGCACUUGUAUGGCUAUUGGUGAUGGAAUUCUCACUCCCGUCAUCUCAGUUCUUUCUGCAUCAGGUGGCAUAAAGGUUAACAAUCCAAAGAUGAGCAAUGAUGUUGUUGUGCUUGUUGCGGUGGCUAUUUUGGUUUGCUUAUUUAGUAUGCAACACUAUGGUACUGAUAAAGUCGGAUGGCUUUUUGCUCCUGUUGUGCUAGUCUGGUUUCUGUCAAUUGGAGUUAUUGGCAUUCUGAAUAUAUGGAAAUUUGAUAGCUCAGUCCUGAAGGCUUUCAAUCCAGUUUACAUCUGCAGAUAUUUUAGACGAGGGAAACAAAAUAGUUGGGUUUCACUAGGUGGAAUUCUGCUCAGUAUAACAGGAACAGAAGCAUUAUUUGCCGACCUGUGUCAUUUCCCUGUAUUAGCUGUUCAGAUUGCUUUCACUACAGUUGUUUUCCCAUGUCUUCUAUUGGCAUACACUGGACAAGCUGCAUAUCUUGUUCAUCACACAGACCAUGUUAAUGAUGCUUUCUUCAGAUCCAUUCCAGAUGGCAUAUACUGGCCCAUGUUUAUCGUAGCUACAGCAGCUGCAAUUGUUGCUAGUCAAGCCACCAUAUCUGCAACAUUUUCUAUAAUCAAACAAGCUCUUGCACUUGGUUGCUUUCCGAGGGUCAAGAUCGUGCACACGUCAAAGAAGUUUCUCGGUCAGAUAUAUAUUCCUGAUAUCAAUUGGAUUCUUAUGAUCCUCUGUAUAGCGGUUACUGCUGGAUUCAAAAAUCAAAGUCAGAUUGGAAAUGCAUAUGGAACUGCAGUUGUGAUUGUUAUGGUGGUGACAACAUUUCUUAUGAUCCCAAUCAUGCUGUUGGUCUGGCGAAGCCAUUGGUUCCUAGUCUGCAUUUUCACUGCUUUAUCUUUGUUGGUGGAGUUUCCCUACCUAACUGCUGUGCUUUUUAAGAUAGAUCAAGGUGGUUGGGUACCUCUUGUUAUCGCUGCCACAUUUCUCGUAAUAAUGUAUGUCUGGCACUACGGCACAGUUAAGCGAUAUGAAUUUGAGAUGCAUAGUAAAGUGUCCAUGGCAUGGAUACUAGGCCUAGGACCAAGUCUUGGCUUAGUUCGUGUUCCUGGAAUAGGAUUUGUGUACACUGAACUGGCAAGUGGUGUCCCCCACAUAUUUUCCCAUUUCAUCACCCACCUUCCGGCCAUCCACUCAGUCGUUGUAUUUGUUUGUGUCAAGUACCUCCCAGUCUACACCGUGCCAAUGGAAGAACGUUUCCUUAUGAGAAGGAUAGGGCCGAAAAAUUUCCAUAUGUUUCGGUGUGUUGCACGAUAUGGAUACAAGGAUCUUCACAAGAAGGAUGAUGAUUUUGAAAAGAUGCUAUUCGAUAGCCUCUAUCUCUUUGUUCGUUUAGAGAGCAUGAUGGAAGUGUAUUCAGAUUCAGAGGACUACAACGUACCAGCGCAGCGGAUUGAAAAUUCCUCUGACUUAACAACAAGAGAGAAUGGCAAUGAGAACACACUUUCCUCAAUCAUGGAUCUCAGUUAUGCAUCUUCUAGUGAUCUCAUCCAACCUGCUCAAUCCCAAGGAAGUAGUCUGGUGAGGUCAUCAGGUCAUGCAAGCGGCAUGACCAGCGAGGAAUUGGAGUUCAUGAACAGGUGCAAGGAGGCUGGGGUGGUGCACAUUCUCGGGAACACUAUCGUGAGGGCUCGUCGAGAAUCCACAAUCAUAAAGAAGAUAACUGUUGAUUACAUAUAUGCUUUCCUCAGGAAGAUCUGCAGGGAGAACAGUGUGAUCUUCAAUGUUCCUCAUGAAAGCCUACUGAAUGUUGGACAGAUCUUUUAUAUAUAGUCAUAACGUUCCGAUUACAGUUCUUCAUCAGACCUAAUACCCUGCCAGUGGAUGUGGAGCAAGCGUAAAGAUUAGCGGAGGCACCUAGCUGAUGCUAUCGAUCGAUGCACAUGUUGGCUAUACGAUCCCAGAAAGCUGGAAUAGCAGCAGAUCAGAGCCUUAGUUAUUUGCUUGGAAUUCUAGUUUUUGCCAGUAAGAUUAGUUUUGCCAGUAUUAUUUGUAUGUUGGGUAUGUAAUUUUGAGAUUAUCAUAGGAAGACGAACUCAGUUUAUGACUUUGUACAGAAGAGGAGAAGUGUUUCUACUAGGACUUGCAGUUUUGUUGUGAGCUCUAUCAAAUAGGCUUCCAUCUUUUGUACUAUUAUUGGUAAUGGUUUUAAUAUCAAUAAAAUGGUCGACUUCAAUCCAAAA